GCUUGUUCCCGCCAACCACAUCAUUGCAUUUACGGUGCUCGCUGCCUGCGCUGGAUCUCUGGUAGUAGAAAAGGCGGACAAUGUCGACCUACAUCAGCCCGCGGACGUCCAAGUCCCCAUACGCUGAUCCGACCCCGCUUCCGGAGGCCGUCCCCAAAGUGUCCGAGCUCGGGGCCACGAGCGCACCUCUAAAGAGCGCCGCGUUCUUCAUUGGUGCUCACUGCCAAGAGUACAAUGAUGAUUUCAUGCUUUGCAAAGAGGAGAACCGCGACCCCGCCCAUUGCCUGAAGGAAGGAAGGCGAGUCACUCGAUGUGCUCAGGACCUCAUUGCGAAGAUGCGCGAGAAUUGCGCGAAGGAAUUCGAGGCGCAUUGGAACUGCCUUGAGCACAACAAUCAUGCCUACAAUCUCUGCCGAAAGCAAGAACGCCCACUCAAUAACUGCAUGUUCGAGAAGCUUGGCCUCAAGAAGACUAUACCCGGUACCCCCGCAGGGAAGACUCCGAUACACGAGGUUAAGAAUCCCAUCCUGACUGGUGUGCAGAAAUAAUUCGGGAUGCAUGGGGCACAUAUCUCUGCUUCGCCUUCCAUAAUUCCUUAGAUCUCACAAAUGCGUCGUUUUCGUCACGUUGUGGUUCAUGCUGGUUUCUUAGCUGGACGAAAGACAUUGACGAUUCGGUGGAUGAUCCUCGUAGUUUGUGAGGGUAUUGAUAUUAAGAGAGCAAAUGCGCAACAAUCGUCCUUAACCGGUCUUCUGUGCAAACCAUACGCUGUUGGUAGCGAAGUCUUCUGGCGCUAUGGGCUCAGAAGACUGCCCCCGGAAGUGUCCCGUCAGCCUCUUGUCCCGGUCCAUCAUCAUCUCGUCCCAUGCAUCAAUGCCAUACCGGAUGGGCUUCCCCUGGUUCUGUGCCCGCUUGGACGUGUUUAGCAGCGUUCCAGCUGCACCAAGCAUGCUUGUGACUAGGGCGAACGGAAUGAGAGCUUCCCAAGGAACAGGCAUGUUUGAUAUCGCAGGCC